GAGGAAAAAAUAAACAUUUAAAAAGGCGGUGGAGUGCGAGAGACUCCGAGGAAAAAGAGAAGAAAAGAAAAAUGAAAUACUGAAAAAAUUCAGUUUGAUUGCCUUUUAUAAAUAUUGCGUUCAAGGUCCAGUGCAUGAGAUGGUAUUAAGAAGAAUUGGUGAGAACAGGUACCAUGAAAAAGAGUAGAAAGGUUUAUUUGGUGUAACAUGAGUCAAAAAGUUCAUCCCAAAGCAGAAUCUAUAACCUGCAACGUUUGCUCUGCCCCUUUUUCAUCUUGUAUGCACCAUAGUAUAGCUCAAAUGGGAUUAAAAAGUGAUGACUUUUCCAAUGAAUCUGAUCCUGUUGAUGUGGCAAGUCUGCACUCUAACAACAAGGAUACAACAGGUUAAAGUAUGUGAUAUUUGUGGGGAUGCAGGACAAGAGGAUUUGCUUGCUAUAUGUAGCAAGUGCUCUGAUGGGGCAGAGCACACUUAUUGUAUGCGAGAAAUGCUUCAGAAAGUUCCUGAAGGUUAUUGGCUUUGUGAAGAAUGCAAGCUUGUUGAUGAGACUGAAUCCCAAAAACAAGGUUUGAAUUUUGGAAAAAGCAAACGAAGUUGGCUCAAGUAUGCAGAGCUUAGCUAAGAGGCAUGCUGAAAAUCUAGAGAGUGCUUUGGCUCCGAAACAGAAGGCUGUUGAAACAAGUAUGGGAUCACCAGAACCAUUGAGCCCUAAUAGAGUAUCUGCACUGUCUCGAGGGGGUUCAUUCAAGGACUUAGACAAGGGGAAAGUGAAGCCAUAUCUGCAAAAUUCUUUUGGAAACCAUUCUGGUAAUGAUAUGCCAGAAACUGUACGUUCUCCUUCUGGUACACAACUACAAGCACCAAAGGGUACCUCAUUUAAAUCAAAUUCAUUCAAUAGUUUGAACUCCAAAUGGAGAGUCAAGGUUGUAGAUGAAGUUGUAUUUCCGAAACAGAAAAGUGCUAGAGAACAUGAAUCCCUUGAUAGCAGGGAGGAACUUGGUAGAAUGAUGGACAAAUCCUUCUCAUUUAAAUCCGCUAACUCAGGAAAGUUGAAUACCGGGGAAUCAAAGUUUAAAAGGCUAUCAUCUAAAUAUCUGCAUGUUCAAGAUCAGAAAGGAUCAAAGAUAGAUAGAGAGCAGAUAUCAUUAGAAAGGAAAAGUUCCUCAAAGUCGGUUCGCUCGGGUUCUACUGUCUCCAUACACAAGGUUGAUAAGAAACAGACACCUCGCUCUGACAUAAUUUUCCAUUCAUCUGCAAGCAACUACAAAGAAACUAAGGUUGCUCAGUCUGAUGGAAAACAAAGUACUUUAUCAAAAUCUACCAGCAAUCUAGAUCGCAAAGCUGUAGAAAGUGCAAUUACUUCUGAUGUUGUGGUUCCAUCAACCAAUGGAUGUAUUCCUUUUGAACAGAAAUUAAACCAACUAAACCAGUUGGAGCAACAUAAUAAUUUUAUUGGAGUUAUGUCAGAUGAGCCAUGUCUGUCAUUAGAUUCAACAAACCAGAGUGAGAAAUCUAGGGAGAGCUCUGUUAGUCGCUCCUCAAAAAGUGUUCCAUGUCUAAAACACAAAGAAACAAGUCAUACAGUUGACUCUUGUCUAGUUUCUAAAGCUUCUGGUGCUGAUAAGUCUGAUCCAAGGACAUGUAGGGAGGACACAUAUAAAGGCAAUAAGUUGAAAGCUGCAAUUGAAGCAGCUAUUCGUUUGAGGCCUGGAAUACAUGACAGAGCAUCUCAUGUUCCAUCAUCAAUAACUAAUAAGACAAAGAAUAUGAUUCCUGUCAAACGUAUACAUGAAGGGCAAGAAAAUCUUUGUAAUCAGGCUUCCAUUGGUAAUAUCAAGCAGCUUAAUUCACAUUCCACUGAUGCUGUCUCUGCGGUUUCUUCUGUUGUCAAUCUUUCAAUGAGAGAGAUAUCCAUCCCUCCUUUAGCCUCGAGGUCUGCUGUCUCAAAUAGUUCAGCCAUCCCAGAACAUGAAUGCAUCUGGCAGGGAGCUUUUGAGGUGCAUAAAAGUGGAAAACUUCCAGGGUUUUCUGCUGAAAUUCAAGCCCAUCUCUCAACACUUGCAUCGCCUCAAGUGCUUGAAGUUGUCAACUCUUUUCCCCACAAAGUUUCCUUGAAUGAAGUACCUCGCUUGAGCACUUGGCCGACACAUUUUCAUGACAGUGGUCCUAAAGAAGAUAAUAUAGCUCUAUAUUUCUUUGCCAAGAACCAUGAAAGUUAUGAGAACUACAAGGCCCUUCUGGAUACCAUGGUCAAGAAUGACUUUGCUCUCAAGGGAGCUUUUGAAGGUGUUGAACUGUUGAUAUUCCCAUCCAACCAACUUCCUGAAAAUUGCCAGCGGUGGAAUGCAUUAUUAUUCCUUUGGGGUGUUUUCAAGGGAAGAAGAGCAAACUCUUCUAAUUUCACGAAGAGUGUACGCAAUCCUGAUGAUAUGUCUCAGCCGGUAGAUGAUAAAUCAGCUGCAUGUGAUAGUACUUGCAAUGUAGUCCCAGUAACCAGUGCUGUUGAAAAAGCUUGUAUCUCAACAGAUAGAGUGGGUGAUAACAAGGUCUCUUCUUUUGAACAGGCAUACGUGGGAAUAAAAGCAAAAUUGGAGGAGCAAGAUGGUAAAGUUGACACCAAAAUCUUGCCGAGAAUUGCAACAAGCAGCUCACAGGUGCAUCCAGAAACAAAAUGCAAUAGUCCUCCUCCGGAAGAGAGCAAAGUUCCAGAUUGUAGAUCCGACACAGAUCUCAAACCUAGCCUUCAGGCUACUGAAACCAAUAGUGGUUCUGUUAGAGUUGAGAAAGAGGAAAUGCAUGUCCAAGAAGAUUAUCCACUUUCAAAAAAUUGCCCUACUGAAGAGCAAAUUGCAGUUGUGAUGGGUGAAAUUGAUGGUGAUUCUGUUAAAAUUAGGGAUCCGAUGAAUAAUGUGGGUGCCAAUGGAAAAACUUCUUCAAAGAGAGAUCUUGAUUGUUUGCAACCGAAUAAUCGGAAACGCACGUACUUGGAUCUUACAGAAACAGUUUCAGAAAUUUGUACCGAUAGAAGUAAAAAGUUGCCAUGGAGUGAGGUGAAGAGAGUUUCUAUAGGUGAAGGAAGCGAUAAUAAAAUGCUGAAGACAGGUUUCAGUGGGAUAAAUCAAUUUAGCAGUGUUAGAGAUCAAGGUUCUUCCGGUUAUAGUUUAGCGUCAGAUAGACAUGAUCAGUGUUCCGCCUCAUCUUUCGAAGAGAAGAAAUGUGAUGUUGCUUGUGAAAACAAAGUUAUCCCCAAGGACAUUGGAAGUAGCGAAGGGUGUUUGUAUCCCGUGGUUUCACGUCAUGCAAGGGAACUUCAGUUGCGGGACAACUCUAAACCGUGGAAGGAGCUCUCCGUAAAAGACGAGGACCGAGUUCACGUCACAUCUCCUAAUCUUGAGCUGGCUUUAGGGGCUGGGACUGUAUCACAAAACAGAGGGAUCUCACCUUUCGUUGUUGAAACAGUAGAUGACAAGGUAACCGGAAAAGAAAAGGAGGAUACAUCUGCCUCACUUUCCCUUUCCCUCUCAUUUCCAUGUCAAGAAGAGGAAUAGAAUGCAAAGUCGGAUUCCAAAACCGAGCAGCUCAUGUCCUCGAGGCAUACUGGGAUACUACCACUGCUAAUGCAUGGAGGGUGGUCCUAAGUGUUUAAUUUGAGAAGGUGAGAAAAUGUGGUAAAAAUUACAAGCCAAUGCUUUCUUUUUCUUCAUGAGGUCUGAAGACAAUCAAUCAGUUUUGACCUAAAGGUGUCCAUGCUGGUAGAAUUGGGUUGGAUUGAUCUAUGAAUACAAAAUACGUUUACCCAA